CUGUGGCCUGUGCUAUAUCCUGAUAUCCAUCUAGAAAAUAUUUACUAAUAUAUUAUGUAUAAACAUUAGUGCAAACUGCAGAAUAACUUUUUCUAAUUCCAAGUUUCAAAUUUAAAUUUUCAAUACAUUCCCCUUCAUUCCAAACUUCUAAUUAUUAUGCAACACAUUGUGUAUUAAAAAUAACCGAGAUGGAUAAAUUAACAGUAAUCUCAGGGACACUCUUCAUGGCUGCAGAUGUGUUUGCUAUUGUUAGUUUAGCAAUGCCAGAUUGGAUAAUUACUGAUGUUGGAGGUGAUACAAGGUUGGGCUUAAUGUGGUCAUGUAUAACGCUGUACAAUCGUCCCCAAGUUUGCUUUACUCCAGAUCUUCAGCCCGAAUGGUUGUUGGCUUUAAUAUGCAUAUUUAUUGGAUGUAUAUGUAUUACAACUACUGUGAUUCUUUUAGCAUCAAGUCACUUUGAUAGGAAUGUUAUUCCUUAUGCUCGCUGGGUAGGGUUCGCUGCAAUGGUGGUAUUCUGCCUUGCUGCUGUUAUUUUCCCUAUGGGCUUUCAUGUAGAUGAGAUUGGCGGCCAACCAUACCAACUCCCUAACAGCCAUCAAGUGGGAAUAUCAUAUAUUCUAUUUGUAUUGUCUCUGUGGAUUACUGUGAUAUCUGAACUAUUUGCUGGAAAAGUCUGUUUACCACAUUUUUAAUAUUUUCUGUUAAAUUUAAUUUUUUUUAGCAGCCAAUUGAUGUAAAAGUGUAUUAUAUGUAUAUUGAAUCUCAACAUUCCAAUUUAUUAAAUAUAAUCAAUUAAUUUUA